AUGGGGAAGUUUUCAGACAAGGCUGCUGCUGACUGGCUGACUGAGGAGGAGGACACAGAAAUGAGGCUGUCGGUGAUUGGCGGCGCCACGGAAGCUCGGACGGAGACCCCGCGCACGCACGCACGCACGCCCGGCCUCGGCCCUCGCCUUCGGGGAACAGCGCGCGCGGCGUCCUCGCCGCCCGCGCUGGGGGAGGAGCGUGGACGCCAGGACGGGGGGCGGGAGGGAGGUGCGCCCCCAAACCGGCCCCGCCGCGCGCGCCCUCCCCGGUGCCGGCCCCUCGCCGCCUCCCCCCCUCCCGCGGCACCCUCCCGGGUGCCAGCACCUCGCCGGUCCCCGCUCUCUCCCGCGGCGGCUGCGGCGCCCACCGGCCCCGACGUGACGCGCAAGGACGACGGGCGCCGCUCGGGCCGCGAACCCGCGCCGGGAGAGCUCCGCGGGUGGGCGGGGUGGGGCGGGGCCGCCGGGACUUGGCGGCCAGGCCGGCUGGCCGGGCCGGGGGCGUCGCCGUGGGGCCGGGCCAGGGUCUUACCUACCGCUGCGCGCCCAGAGCGCCGCGCUUUCCCCGCCGUCUGUCGCCGCGCCCACCGGGCCGCACUCGCGCCCGCUUCCGCCCGCGCGGCGGGACCCCCGCCUCAGCGCGCGCCCACCCCGCGACCCCGUCCCCUCCUCCCAGCGCAGCCAGAAAGAGAAAAUGGCGCUCGAUUUGCCUCCGGAAGUGACGCGCGCCCUCAUUUGCAUGCUGGUGCAGCCAGCCAAUGGGGGGAGAGUGUGCAUGGGACCCCUGGGCAGUGUCCUACAGGCCCCUUGGGGCCCUUGUCCAAGGCUGGGCUGGAGGCUCUAGGGAAGGAGUAG